ACUCUGAUUGAUUAGUCUUGUGAUUGUGUCAAUAGUAUAUAUACGGGUAGAUCAAGUUCCUGAAACGUCAAAGAGAAUCCCCAUCUCUACAAGAAUGAUUUCAUUACCAACCUAAACAACAUCAAUACAAUCGAUCACAAUGACAACAUCAUUAAUGCCAACACCGGCACCACCGCCUUAUGCGAGCAAUACAAACGAUGCAUCAUUAAUCGCUCAUCCACAAACAGAUAGACAUUCAAGCGGGACAGGAAUGUUUUCUAUCCUUCCGCCUUGUUAUACGUUAGCAGAAGAACAGAUCGUUCCUCAAACAAGGCCCGUACCUGGACAAUCGAACUCCUCCACGGUCAGUAGAAAUAUUUCAACGAUGAUGAGAAGGGAUACUUCCUCUUCAACCGGCCAAAGUUCAGAUAGUCAAGAAACAAAAACGAGUUCUUCUUCAGGACUAUCAAGUUUAAAUGGAUUAUUUAGCAAGAAGAACAUCGAGCUAACAAUGUCUUUAUCGGAUAAUUUAGUAUUUGUCUAUCCAAACAGACCAAAUGCAACGCAAGCGGGUAUGGAAACAACUUCUCCUGGUGAUGAAGCAACGACUGAAUCGGAAAAGCCGCCAUUUAUUGUCGUCAAUUUGACAUUGACCAUCCCAGAGAAUGCAGCUAUACCACCGAACGGAAUCGAAUCAUUACAAGUCGAAUUGAUGGCAAACGAAUCAUUAGGAUUUCCCGAUGCUCCGUUUGAAUACAACACUUUAUCACACAUCAAAAAGAAGGUGGAAGAGGUGCACGAUAUCAAACUUGAACAAGGACAAACAUACAACUUUCAAACACUUUUGGAAAUCCCACACGAUGUUACACCGUACGAUAUGAGUAGAUACGGCAGAGUAUUACCACGUAUUCGUGCAAAACUAAAAUGGUCAAGUUGCGGUGCAAAAAGUCGAUUCAUCUUUGGUUCUUUACGUGAUCUAACGGCCGAACAAGAUGUUUGGAUCGUUUCUGUUCCACGUACAUCCAACAUUCUCGAUUAUGCACGUACACAUCAAACGGCAAUCGAAGAUUUAGGUCCUUUUGUCAUUCACGUUCGAACGCAUCAUUUAACCGUGGGAGGCUAUAUGCGUAUGGGAUUGUCAAUUCCUGCUCCAGCUGCCAAUGUUCAAAUUGAAAAGGUACAGCUCUUCUUGGUUCAAACGACAAAAUUGAUCAGUCGCGGUAAAAGUAGAUAUACAAAAGAAUGCAAACCGGACAAAAUUCCUUUCAUGAGUAUAGAAAAAGAAGAGUUGAAACGAUGCAUUCGACAAGAAGAAGAAGGAAGCCAACAGGAAGGUUCACCUUUGGUGGGUAAUUGGGUCGCACGUAUCCCUACCGAUCAAAGAGCAAGACCUAGUACACUUCAAGGUAGCAAAGAUGCAUCUUUACGUGUUUCACAUCAAUUGGAAGUUCGAAUCAUUUUCCGAAAAAGCACGGAAACCAAAUCACCAGGUCAAGAAGUCCUUCCUGCAACGAUUUAUUCAGCUUCUUGGCCUUUGACGUUGGCAUCCUGUGCAUGCAAAUGGAGAUCGUUGAAGUUACCGAUGUACAGCGAAUGCGAACCACUUUCGGAUGAAGUCGCUCGUGCAGCCGCUGCUGAUUGGCAAGACAAACACCUACGUAUGGGAAAGAAGAAACACGUUGAUGGUUUUGAUCCAUCCUUGUGUUCCUGUGGAAUUCCCUUGGAUGAGCUAUUACGAUAUGAAUGUGAACAGGAUAACGCACAGCAAUCUUCCACCAUCCGAUUGAUGAGAGAGGAGAUUGAAGCGGCAACACUGUCUCCCUCUGUCAGAUCGCCCGAUCAAUCUUCAACUCAAGAUGCUUUCGACGAAUUCAACGCUGAGAGUCAGCAAAUCGCUCAUCAUCGUCAAACAUGCGGCUAUGCUCAUAUGGAACAAGAAGAAAGAACAAGAUUACAACUUGAACAAAAAGCAAGACAAGAAUAUCGUUGAAGAGGACUGGAAAAAGACUCUAUUAUAUACCAUUGUACAUUACGAAAAAAUACGAGUUUUCUCGAGAAUCCGAUCUAUAGAUAGCACAAUAAUUAAUACUUGUUAUUUUUGGCCAGUUGAAGGCUUUAAUAAAU